CUUCCUUUUUUUUUUAAGAACAAUGGCUUCAGAGGUUUCUUUCAUUCACCUUCACGACCCAGAAGACGACGUCGAUCACCAAACCCCAUCUUCCCUCCUUUAUUGGUCUCACGAUUUCCACUUCUCCUCCGACCCUGAUUUCCCUCUUCAAGACGACGACGUUUCCCUUAUCUUCAACGGCCCCGACCUCUUCGACCGCCGCGAGAACCAAGUCAAUAUCGUCAUCGAUCUCUUCCACCAACGCGUUGACCAAUCUCAGGUCCUUUCCGAUUCCAACCCUACUAACAUUAUUAUUCGCACUAACAUUAGCUAUGAUGAUGAAAUCAAUGCCGUUGAUUUGUUUUCUGAUGCUUUAACCGAAUCAGGUUUCGGUGCUAUUGAGGGGAAUCAUUAUCUAGAUUUAGGGUUAGAGUUAGGGUUUGAUUCCAUGGAUGGUAACGAGAUCGAAAUCCGUGGUGGAGAUGAUGACGACGGUGAUGAUUUUUUCGUCGAAAGGAGGGUUUCUGGGUUGAGUGCCAGUGAGGCUACAUCUAAUUUUAAUUGUUUUGAAAGGUUUGGGAAUGGUAUUCGGAGGACUGGGUUUAACUCUGAUUCGGAGGAUGAAAUUGAUAAUCGGAUCUUGACUACCGAAUUGAAUUCUGGGGAUGAAUAUGGAAUUGAUGAUCAUGUUAAUGAAUGUUACGAUGUUGACGAUGACGAUGUGAGUGUUAGUAUUUCACUUCGUUGGGAUUCGCUUCAGUUGGAGGAUCAUAGGGAAACCCUUGAAGAUUUCGAAUGGGAGGAAGUGGAUGGUAGAGUUGAUGAGAGGGAGGUUUUAAGCGGGUUAGCUGAUGCUGGCGAUGAUGAUGAGAUUUCGGUUUCACUUUCAAUUUCCCCGGUUAUAGCACCUGGAUAUGCAGUUAACUUUGAGAGGGCAGUUGGGAUGGGGACUUUGGGGUGGGAGGUUUUGUUCAACACAAAUAAUUUGGAGACAAACCAAGAUAUGGAUGAAAACGACGAGCCAUUUUUUGCUGACCGUGAGGACUAUAUUUAUAAUGGAGAAUACGAAAUGUUGUUUGGACAGCUUGCUGAGAAUGAGAAUGCAUUUAUCGGGAGGCCUCCGGCUUCAAAAUCCGUGGUUGAGAAUCUUCCUUCUUCGGUUGCAACUCAAGAGGAUUUGAUGAACAAUAAUGCACUAUGCGCAAUUUGUAAGGAUGAGAUUAACCUAGGUGAAACGAUGAAGCAGCUGCCAUGUGCACAUCGCUACCAUGGAGAUUGUAUAACGCCCUGGCUUGGGAUAAGGAAUACCUGCCCGGUUUGCCGUCACGAGUUGCCCACCGACGAUGCCGAGUACGAAAGGAGAAGGUCCCAGAGAGCUGGUGCUGCACCAUGAUGGUAAUUUUCUAUCACGCGUAAUUUUGAAGCCUUUUGUUGAGUGCUAGGUUUUUAAAAGAAUGUAAAUAUUGUUGAUGUAGAAAAUCUCAGAAUUUCUUUGUGAGGAUCACAUGUUAUUCUUUAAAAGUUCUAUUAGUAUUUUAUGUCUUCUUUUAAAUCCUUCUUUUGGUAUAAGAUUUUUCAAUGACUGAAUUGUACCUUGAGGGUUUUUUAGGUUGGAAUAAUAUGUGCAUUACUUAUGCAUUAUAGGCCAUGCUUGUCGUGCCUCUGCGCCGAAUUCAUUUGCUUUCGCAUUUAUCCUAUAUCUUAAGUACAUGAUCUCUGGGUUGUUUUGGCUCAAUGUUUUAGUGGCAGCAAAUUGAUCUCGGUUGUAAUCGAUUCGGAACAUCAUCUGGAAUCGGGAAAAAUAAAGUUUUGGCAUAUAGUUAUUUGUUGAGUUUUACUUCUGU